AUGACCAUCCGGACCAACCCGAUCCCAAAGCAACAACGCGCUGCGGUUCGCAGCGGGUCAGGCGAGACAGCCACUACCAGCAUUGAGACCGUCCCUGUGGAACUCCCGGGACCAGGGCAAAUCUUGGUCCGGAUUACCUGGACCGGAGUUUGUGGUUCCGACAAGUCUCUCCUUCAAGAUGAAUGGCAGGGUUUCGGUGUCGCAAUGAAAUCUCAGGCCAACGGGAUCGCAGGCCAUGAGGGUGUUGGCGCUGUCGUGGCGAUUGGCGAAGGGAUGGAGAGUCGUUGGAACAUCGGAGACCGCGCUGGGAUCAAGUGGAUCGCGAAGACGUGCGGCGAGUGCGAGUUCUGCUUGAGCGGGGUGGAUGAAGUAAACUGCAUCAGACAGAUCAACAGCGGCUUUACUACCCCAGGGACCUUCCAGGAAUACUGCCUUACGGAUGGACGAUAUGCCUCCAAGAUCCCAGACGGGGUUUCGGACGAAGAGGCGGGACCUAUCAUGUGCGGAGGAGUGACUGCCUAUGUUGCCUGCAAACGUUCCAACGUCAAGGCUGGCCAGUGGAUUGUACUCCCCGGAGCUGGUGGUGGCCUGGGCCAUCUGGCGAUCCAAUAUGCACGGGCGAUGGGUAUGAGAGUUAUCGCCAUCGAUGGAGGGGAUGACAAACGAGAGCUGUGUCAUAAACUCGGGGCUGAGGUGUACAUUGACUUCCUCACGACAACAGAUAUCACUGCUGAGAUCAGAAAGAUCACGACGUAUGGAGCGCAUGGGGUGAUUGUGACGGCAGCGACUAGGGCCGUUUAUACGGCGGCACCCACAUACCUCCGUCCGAGUGGCACGCUGGUGGCUGUCGGUCUGCCAGCAGAUCCAACUGUUCUGGCGGGAGCUCCUCCCAUGCUGUUGUCUCUUAAACGACUGAACAUUGUUGGUACUGUGACAGGGAAUUUGAAGGACGUCGAAGAGGCGCUGGAUUUCACCGCACGAAAUGUGGUUCACCCUGUUUUGUCUAAGGGAAAGCUUGAAGAUCUCAACUCGUGGGUCGAGAAAAUGAAGAAAGGUCAAGUGGCUGGGCGCGCGGUGCUUCAGGUCGCAAACUAG